AUGACAAUUAGAGCAGCUGAGAGGGCGCCAUCCACUGCCGUCAGCUCAACUCCGCCUCUUCCGGCUGCGUUUUACUUCUGGUCACAACUCGCAACCCCACACCGCUCGUCAUCCACUUUACUCUCAUUUCCGAGAAUUUCUAUUUGCCUGAAUUGCCCCACCCACGGCCACCACAUCGACUGCCCAUGCACCCCGAGGAUUUUCGCUUCUUUAUUAUUUCUCGACACUUCUUUUCUUACUGUUUCUUUCUAUCUAUCUAUCUCUUUCUUUCUCUCUUUCUUUCUUUCUUCCGUUUUUUACCCUUUAGCUACAGUACUUUCUUUCUUUCUUUCUUUCUUUCUUUCUUUCUUUCUUUCUUUUUUUGACCUGUUUCUUUCAUUCUUCUUUCUUUCUUUCUUUCUUUCUUCGAUCUAUGUUUUUUUUCCUUUAUUUUUCUUUCUUUCUUUCUUUCUUUCUUUUUUUCUUUCUUUCUUUCUUUCUUUGCACUAUUUUUGCUUUAGUUUCAGUUCCUUGUUACAUCUUUCUUUCCUUCUAUCUUUCUUUCUUUCUUUGGCUUAUUUUUUUCCUUUAGCUUCAGUUCCUUAUUACUUCUUUCUUUCUUUCUUUCUUUCUUUCUUUCUUUCUUUCUUUGCACUAUUAUUUUCCUUUAGCUUCAGUUCCUUGUUACUUCUUUCUUUCUUUCUUUCUUUCUUUCUUUUUUUCUUUCUUUCUGCCUUUUUUCUUCACUGUUAUUUUUCUUCAUGCUCAAUCUAUCAUUUUUUCUCUCUCCCUGCUCCAUUUCUUAUAUAUUUUCUUCCCUCUUGUUUGUUCUAUACACUUCUUUUUACUACCUCUGUCUUUUAG